CACCUCAAUGCGACGAUCCCACGACUAGGGCCGAAGGCGGGCGGCGAGACUUCUCCAUGCCACCGCUCGCUGCGAUCCUGUUGGCGCCCGCCCUCCUUUCCCUUGUCCAGAGCAAAACAAUCAAUUCCUUCGCAGGUCCGUAUAUCGUAUUCAGUCAUCGAUACAACCCAUGCCAAUCACAAGGGGUAUUCGUGGUACAUGCCCGAAUAAGUCACUUCAACCCCAAAAGACCUUACGACCUGCAGACGGCCACAGGAAAUAUAACAUUGAAAGAAGAUUUUAAGGACGGAUAUUGGGCAGCUGGUACUAUGGCCAUACGAUCUAAUAACCAAUGGAAAGAAAACGCUUUCGUUUUCAAUAUUCCACGCAAAGGGUGCUCGGUGAUUCGUGAGAACAUCCCUGACUUGUAUCGCCUUUUCGCGGAGGUGACCGGAGGGCCGGUAGCGGACAGGACGGCUCCUUGUGUUUUACCUAAGGGAACCUACUUUGUACCAGAGCCUCGUGCGGUGAACGUGACGUUAGCCAACAUUCCGAUUCUGCCGUACGGGCGCUACUGGUACCGGGGGACGUUAAGUCGAACGAGGAACAGCCCGAGUGCACUUGCGUGCGUAGAGUUCGACUGCGAAGUUAUUCCGAAACCAUGAGCUGCU